AUGAAAGUUGAGCGCAGCACCGCCGCAGCAGGCUCUGUAAUCCUGUCAAGCCGAAAAUGUUUUUCCUUCUCUUUAUGUCGCCGCAAAACCCUCCGCUCAAACCAGGCGCAGACGGAGCUCCGCAAGCAGAAACGACGGCUGCAGGCGUCCAGCAAUCGCCGCAGAGCCACCAGCUCAGAUGCGACGACAGCCGGCUACAUCCUGGAGCAGCAGUGUGAGCUUCGGGUCUGCAACGCACAGAAGAGGGCAGAUGCCCUCCAAGAUCAGAUCCGAGAUGCAGAGAAGAGGCUCCUCGAGGCAGAGUCCAGCCUUCCUCUGGAGCUUGGCCCUCACGACGAGGAGAGCUCUUGCCACACCACCGCGGGGACGCAUCUCCACUCGAUCUGCCGGGAUCAGUUUCUGAGCAACGAGGAGCGGUUGGCUCUCAAGUUGGCCACGCUCCAGCAAUUCCACGAGGAGAUUGUGGAGGAGGCAGCUCAGUCGCAGCAAGAGCACGACAACAUGCUCCGAAAGGUGGAGCAGCGCAAGAUCCAGGCCGCGCUGAAGCAGGCCGUAGAGCCGGACUUCAUGUGUCCCAUCCUCCACGAGCGCAUGAAGGUCCCGGUCUUGGCCGCUGAUGGCUUUACCUACGAACGGCAGGCCAUUGAGAAGUGGCUCUCCAUGCACAACACGUCGCCGAUGACGGGAGCCGUCUUGGCACACAGGUAUCUCACCGAGAACUUCGCGCUUCGCCACCUCAUCGAGACUUACGAAGCACAACUGUCAGAGAAGAGGACGACGGAGGGUCGUCGAGCAGGCGUUUCCAAGACCUGCAUCUCUCCACCACUGUCCGAGCUCAGCGAUGAGGCCGAUUCGUACAUGGAAGAAGAGUGGAGCAACGAGGCCCCAUCACGGCGCAUGGUUCGCAUGGAAGAGGACAUGCCGAUCCUGAGCCACCAAGUGGACGAUGGCUGA